CCUUUUUAUUCCGCCCGCGCCGCAUCGCUCACGGCUCAGGGCUCACGCCGUCCCCUCCGUCUCCCGUCCGCGCCCCCGCCCCCCGCGGGAGACAGGAGAGCCGCCGGGCCUGGAAGCUUCUUCGCGGCGUCGCGGCGCCAGCUCGCGCGGUUGCCAGGUGCUUGUGAAUCUGGUGCAGCUAUAUAGAGCUUCUUGUUUCAUUGUUGUCCUCAGGAAGACGGUUUUCUGAGGCUGCUUUCUUUGUCUACUGUAAAUUGAUGAAAUUUUGGUGACCAUACUAUGGACAAAAAUACCCCUUGUCCUAUUGAGGGCAAUGGUGAGGUUGAAAAUGGUGUGAGCUCCAGUCAAAUACCUGAGACUGUUGAGCAUCAAGUUUUGCUGUCUCCAUCUAAAACAGUGCAGAACAACAUGGGGAUAAGGAAAAACUAUAAAAGGGCAGCAAACAGAGGUAAAAAAGGCUCCCAAGGACUAACAGAUAAAGCCUAUACUUUGAGGUCAUCUGAUAAUAAUGUCAGGGUGCUUCGCGGCACAUCAAGUUCAAAGACAACAUCUACUGAACAUGUACAGACUCCAGUACAACCGGCUGCCAAAAGAAGAAAAAGGGGCAGACCCUCAAACAAAAGUUUAUCCUCAAACAAAAGUUCAACAGACGAGUUUUCUCAAAUUCGUAAACGGGUUAGAUACAUUUUGAAUCGAAUGAACUAUGAGCAAAGCCUGAUUGAAGCUUAUGCUAGUGAAGGCUGGAAAAAUCAAAGUUUGGAUAAGAUAAGACCUGAGAAGGAGCUUGAACGAGCAAAGGCGGAAAUCCUGCGAUGCAAGUUGAGAAUACGGGAAGUCUUCCAGAAUCUUGAUUCUCUCCUCUCGAAGGGGAAGAUUGAUGAGUCUUUAUUUGAUUCUGAAGGAGAGAUAUCUUGUGAAGAUAUUUUUUGUGCCAAUUGUGGUUCAAAGGAUGUUACAUUGGGUAAUGAUAUCAUUCUCUGUGAUGGAGCUUGUGACAGAGGGUUCCACCAGAACUGUUUAAAUCCUCCUCUGCGUACUGAAGAUAUUCCUGAGGGAGAUGAAGGAUGGCUCUGCCCUGCGUGUGAUUGCAAGAUAGACUGUAUAGAUGUAAUAAAUGACCUCCAGGGGAGUGAUCUCUCCAUUGACGACUCUUGGGAGAAAGUUUUUCCAGAGGCAGCUACUAUGGCAAAUGGCUCUAACCAAGAUGACGCAUUUGAUCUUCCAUCAGAUGAUUCAGAUGACAAUGACUUUGAACCCAAUAUGCCCGAAGAGCAUGUGGCUAGUAAGGAAGAAGGAUCAUCUGAAGAGGAAGAGGAUGAGGAUGGAGGAUCAGACUCUGACGACUCAAACUUUUUGACCUCUUCUGAUUCUGAUGAUUCGGAACCUUUGACGGCCAAAAAGAAGGUCGAUGACCUGGGAUUACCUUCUGAAGACUCAGAGGAUGAUGACUAUGAUCCAGCAGGUCCGGAUUCUGAUAAAGAUAUCCAGAAAAAGGAAUCAAAUUCAGAUGAGUCAGAUUUUACAUCUGACUCUGAUGAUUUCUGUGAGGAGAUUGCAAAAACUGGUGGACAUGAUGAAGUUUCAUCUCCUCCAUUACCCGAUGGUAAGGUGGAUGAUAUGGAAAAGAGCACUUCUCAGGCUAACACAGCAAAUUCCAAUGAUGACCCUAUGGAGACUGAAAUGGACCAGAGUGUGGUUUUACCAGUUUCAGGGAGACGGCAGACUGAACGGUUGGACUACAAAAAACUGUAUGAUGAGGCUUAUGGUGAAGCACCAUCUAAUUCUAGCGAUGAUGAAGAAUGGUCUGGGAAGAGUACACCAAGAAAAGGCCAUGAAGAGAGUGAAGCUGAUUCUCCUGCAGGAAAAAGCUCUAGAAGUACAAGGAUUGUACACCAUAGUGAUGAACUGACUCCACAGAGCGCUCAAAAAAGCUUGCAUCCUGAUUCUCUUCAUGGUUCGGUUGAUGAGAAACAUGAAGAUCUUACUUCUAAUGGCAGCAAUAGUACAUCUAAGAAAGGACAUUUUGGUCCAGUAAUUAAUCAGAAGCUACAUGAACAUUUUAAGACAGAACCAUACCCUAGCCGUUCUGUUAAAGAAAACCUGGCAGAAGAACUAGGGCUAACAUUCCGUCAGGUUAGCAAAUGGUUUGAAAGUAGGCGUCAUUUCACGAGGGCAGCUUCUUCGAUGAAAGGCAUCUGUCCAGAUAAUCAUAGCCCUGAAAAUACAAAUAGUCCAGUGGCCACUAGUAAGCAACUUAACGAACCUGAGGGGAUGGAGAUGGAAAAAACUAAUGCAUGCGGAAACAAGGAUGCUACCAUCUCUAGAAAAGUGGGCUCUCCAAAAGUUGGAUCAAGAAAGAAUCGUCGCAAGAAUGCCUCCGCAAGUGACGUGAGAGGGUCAAAAGUUGACUCUGCUGAGGACCAGGUUCCAGGGCUGGACCUUGCAGACAAGGCAAGGCAAAAGGCGAUACAGCGGGAGAUGAUGAAGAAGAAAAAGGGCAGAUGAAAUUUAUAGCCAAGAUAUGAGCCAAAAUUUGGACUGCUCCUGAAAUGUUCAAGUCGGCGUGAUUUCGCUGCAGCGCUAUGGGUCUUUGCCCUUGUAUGACUACAUUUGCAGCCAUCCUAAAAAACAAUAGAUAGACCAUUGCAUGUCAGCUAGCUCUCAUCAGAUCAUACCAGUCAACUAACAAGCUCAGCAUUCAGUUUUUUCGGGGGCUAUUGGUUCCUGUUCUUAGCCGUCGGGGAGCUUCCUCUGAUUCCUGGGGCUCUCUCUAGGAAUUCGUUAUCCGUUGAGAUUUAUUUGUACUGAUUUGUCAUUGCAGUAAGGGUUCAGUUACAAAAAGAAAAAGAGCUCGGUAAGACCGUAACAACAGCAGGGUGCUGCUAUGAUAGGAUGGAGAUGUGCUGUUUUCAUCGCUGUUGAUGCUCUUGUAAGAUGGGACGUAGUACCAGACCUUGUGUAAUGUGAACUGGAAGAAUUUGCUCUGUUUCGGUGUUGCAGCCAUGGGUUUGUACUUGUUUGACUCCCCUGAUAGAACAAGCUGGUUGUACUUUUUCAUGCAAACUCAUUUCCGGUUACGUCAGUGUCCCGGCCCUAA